AUGGAGAUAGAUUUCUUCUUGAGAAACCCAGGAAUUCUGAUGGUAUCAGCUGAGGCACAACCAGUCAAAGCAUGGGUGAGUCUUUUGAGGGGUAAAGAUGGAUUAGCUUUAGGUAAGGAUGGUGGAACAGAAGAAGUGGAGGGGUUAAAAGUUGAUUUUGGAAGAAUGGUGGGUGGUGGAAAAGGUUUUGAGAUUUAUGUUUCUAUCUCCCUAAAUGAAAGUUAUUGCAUAGCAGUAGUUCUUCGUUGCUGGGAGAUAAAAUUGGUCGGGAUGCUUUAUGGUCCGAGCUUACAGCCUCCGGAACAGGCUUCAAAGAUAUCAUUAUAUACAUCCAGAAAUCCGUAUGCUUUGGAAGAAGCUUGUACAGUUUGGGAAGGGGUUUUGAUUGAUCAAAAAGAAGAAUCUACUUCAACCGAUAUGCCCUUAGGCACGGACAUACAUAACAUAGAAAUCACACUUGGAAAGGGUGGACAAUUAGCUAGAGAAGCAGGUGUUGUAGCGAAACUGAUUGCAAAAGAGGGUAAAUUGGCAACAUUAAAAUUACCGUCUGGGGAGGUCCGUUUGAUAUCCAAAAACUGCUCAGAAACAGUCGGGCAAGUGGGUAAUGUUGGGGUGAACCAGAAAAGUUUGGGUACAGCCGGAUCUAAGCGUUGGCUAGGUAAGUGUCCUGAAGUAAGAGGGGUAGUUAUGAACCCUGUAGACCAUCCCAUGGGGGUGGUGAAGGAAGGGCCCCAAUUGGUAGAAAAUAGCCCACAACCCCUUGGGGUUAUCCUGCGCUUGGAAGAAGAAGUAGAAAGAGGAAUAAGUAUAAUGAUAGUUUGA